GUAGCAUUUCAAAGGUACAAUGCAUAAAGCCAAAGGUACGACAUCUAAAGCACUGAGAAUCCAACUGCAGCAAGAAGGUACCAACAAUGGAGUUGAUCAUCAUGAGCCAUCAUUUAGAGUAUUGUAUUAUGGAGAUGCAUCAGCAGGAUCUGUGCCGUUCAUGUGGGAGUCCCACCCAGGUACCCCUAAGCACGCACUCACUGAAUCAUCUCUUCCUCCUCUCACUCCUCCCCCUUCCUUCCAAAACCACCAAUUGAAUAAACAUUCAUCGAAAAGAUCCGGUUUUCUUCGGACCGUUUUUCUCGGUUCUUCCCGGAAAACCAGGGCGGCGCUGGCACCGUCGUCGUUUUCAUCUUGUUCUAUCUCAUCCUCCUCUUCUUCCUCCUCAUCGUCGCAUCUGCAUUCGUCACAGUCAACUCCGAAGAGGAAGGCGGAGGUCAGGCGGAGGAGGUCGGCGGUGAAGUUUGGGUUGGAGGAAGAUUACGGUGAACAUGGUGGUGGUGAUGGUUCUCCGACGUCGACGCUCUGCUUUGGCGGUGGACUUAGGAAAGGUUAUAGGGUUAAGAAAGUGAAGACGGCGAUUCUGUCGUUUGUACGCCAUGGCAAGGCAUGAGAAGAAUUUAAUGAUCU